GCCCCGCGCCCCGCCCCGCUCAGGUAUCGGGGGAAACUGCUCGGGGGUGCGGUGAAGCGGCGGUGGUCGGAGUGGGGCGGAGGAUGGCUGCGCGCCGUGGGUUGUGCCUGCUGCUGGUGCUGCUGUUUCGUGCGCUGCUGGGAGCUGCCGCCGCUGCUGGAGGGAAUGAUGGACCCAGCAAACCAAAAGGAAGAACUUUCAUUGGCCAGAAGGUUCUAAAUGUAAAUAAUUCUGAAGAGUUAUACGUGGUGGAUGAAUUUGCAGCAAGAGUCCUCACAGGAAAGCUGACUACAGUUUUUCUUCCCAUUGUUUAUAUCUUUGUCUUUAUAAUUGGUUUGCCAAGCAAUGCCAUGGCCCUCUGGGUCUUUUUUUUCCGAACAAAGAAGAAACAUCCAGCUGUGAUUUAUAUGGUUAACUUGGCGUUGGCAGACCUUCUUUUUAUUGUCUGGUUUCCACUGAAGAUUUCAUACCAUCUGAAUGGCAAUAACUGGCUAUUUGGUGAAGGUCUCUGCAAAGUAUUUGUUGUGUUUUUCUAUGGAAAUAUGUACUGUUCCAUCCUCUUUAUGACAUGUCUCAGUGUACAACGGUAUUGGGUUGUAGUGAACCCCAUAGUGAAUUCAAAAAAGAAAUCAGAAAUUGCUUUGGGCAUCUCCAUUGCUAUCUGGGUACUGAUUUUGUUGGGCACCAUUCCAUUGUAUCUUGUUAAUCAGACAGUAUAUGUUUCAAAUCUUAACAUCACAACCUGCCAUGAUGUGUUGCCUGAAAAUGUUUUGGCUAAUGAUAUGUUCAAUUAUUUUCUUUCACUUGCAACUGGACUCUUCUUAAUCCCAGCUAUCAUCACUGCUGUUGCAUACAUUCUAAUGAUUAAGACCCUGAGUGCUUCCAUCAUAGAUGUAAGCACUGGGAAGAAACGAAAAAGAGCAAUCAGACUCAUUAUUGUUGUCCUGUCCAUGUAUCUCAUCUGUUUUACACCGAGCAACGUGCUGAUUAUUGUGCACUAUUCACUCAUCAAAGCCUACAGCCAGAGCCAUCUCUAUGCGUGGUACAUAACUGCACUGUGUCUUUCCAGUUUGAAUAGUUGUAUUGAUCCAUUCAUCUAUUAUUAUAUUUCUAAAGACUUCAGAGACAACCUUAAAUAUGCUCUUCUUUGCCGAAGUGUGCGAACCACACAGAGGAUGCAAGUGUCUCUCUCAUCAGGCAGGUACCCCAAGAAAUCAAAUUCUUAUUCCUCAAACUCAAGUAGGACCACUAAAUCAACCUACUGAGUUUAAUCUUAGAAAAGUGAACUUUGGUUAUUACUGAUGAAAGGAUGUGAGUGACAAUAGACUUACUUUGGACAGGAGAGUCUGAAGAAACAGCUCUGCAUUUUAAUUACAUUGAAGCCUGGAAUUUGGAACUGACAAUUGCUUUUUCUGUGUAGAAAUAAUAAGCAGAUAAAUCUUCCUGGGAAGCUGGGGGAGGGGAAGAAGACAUUUCAGAUGCUGUGCAAAAAUACUGCUGACGUAGAUGUGAGUUGCAGCUGAAGAUGUGCUUGUUGAAUAUAAAAGUUGCUAAAAAGCAAAAUGUCUCUGGAAUAUUAUGCAGUAUUGUUAGUAUUUUUAGUUAUCAGAAAAAUUUGUUUUGUUUAACUGUAACAGUAAUGUAUUAGGCAUCUGAAGAGACUGUGUGUAUACAACCAUGCUCUGUGUACCUGCUUACACUGAACAUCCUUUGAAGCCCUAGAGAGAAGUAGAGGAGAAACCAUUUCACCAUCUUGGAUUACACCGCUUAUUAUCUUUGGUAUAAUGUAAUUUAUAUAUUGUUUUCCAAGUUACCGUGCUGUAAAUACUAACAUAGCAAAAGCUUAUAAUAUUGUCCUAUUUGAGUUGACAAGCUGAUUUUGUUAUCGGCUAGCACUGGGAUAAAAUGUUAGUUGAGAAUAUCCACUGUUACUUAACAUUUGCCAGUACAUGAUCUUAUAUGGGGAUAUAAAACAAAGUUUUGAUGGAUAGCUAUUUGAUUUUAUAAAAUGUGCCUUGUAUUUUUUAAGACAUCUAAAUAAGAUUUUUUUUAUUAUAACACA